AUGAGAUUUAAGAUAAAGAGAUUAGAACGCAGCAAGCACUCAGAUAUUUGCUCAUCAGUAGGCUGGUCCAACUCAGGCGAGCUCUUUAGUGUUAGUGAUGAUUUGACCGUUCUGAAAUGGGAUAUCAACGGCGAAUUUGAUUCUAAAAUAAUGGAGAUCGAUGUACCAGUUGUAGAUAUGGACUGGCUUCCUUCAGGAAAAGGAGCCAAUGAAGUUGUAGCUCUCGCAUGCGCAGAUGGAAGUUUCAAGCUAGUAUCAAAGGCUGGACGUGUUGAGAAGAGUAUUUCAGAAGCUCACGCAAGUGCAAUUAUUUCUAUUAAGUGGAGCUACGAAGGUGCUGCUCUUGCCACCGCAGGAGAAGAUGGAUAAAUUAAGAUCUGGUCAAGAGGAGGUAUGCUGAGAUCAGCUGUUGUUCAAAGCAGUAAGCCAAUUUAUGGGCUCAUUUGGAGUCCAGAGAAUGACUCAAUUCUUUAUGCUAGCGAUAAAAAUCUUACUAUCAUUCCAACUCUUCCAGGAAAUAAAUAAGUCUAAUGGAAAGCUCAUGAUGGAGUAGUAUUAGGAGUAGAUUGGAACCCUGGCAAUAACAUCAUCGUUUCAUGCGGAGAGGAUUGCAAAUAUCGUGUUUGGGAUUAGUACGGAAGACAGCUCUACUGCUCUUCUGCUUACGAUCACGUCAUUACUAGCAUUAAAUGGGCUCCAAACGGUGAUUACUUCGCUGUUGGAAGCUUUGAGAUGCUUAGACUUUGUGAUAAAUCAGGAUGGUCUUACUCGUUCCAUAAACCAACAUCAGGAUCAAUUAUGAAACUCUCAUGGAGUCAUGAUGGUACAGUUGUUUCAGGGGCAGGUGGCAACGGAUCCGUAGUGUUUGGAUAUAUUGUAGAUAGACAGCUAUCCUGGGCACAUAUUGAAGCAGUUUUAGAUGAAGAUAAUAAAAUUCAAGUUAAUGAUUGCCUGCAUGAAAUGAAUGAAGAUCUUGAUUUUAGAGAAAGAGUUGUGAACAUGAGUAUGAAGCACAAUCACUUGGUUGUAUGCACUACCACUUAAUGCUACGUCUACAAUGUUAUGAACUGGUCAUCACCAUUCGUAUUUGAUGUAAAGGACAGUAUCUAUCUAAUAGUAUAAGGAGCAAAAUACUUUGCCCUGAUUGACGCAAGCUAGAAUUUCAUUAUCUACAAUUACGAAGGGAAACUUAUAUCUACUCCUAAGUUUUAAGGUCUUAGAGUAGAGUUCCUUAAUGCUAGACAUCUUUCCUUAAGUUCAGAUGUAUUAGCGAUGAUUGACCCUUCAAACCCAAAGGUAGUAAGAAUUUUCGAUAUCAUUAGUGGAAGACCAUCAAACGUGACUAUCGAACACUCAACUGAAAUAAUUGAGAUGGACGUCAACUAAGUUGAAAUGUCUAGUGAGAGAAAGAUGGCCUUCAUCGACAGCAAUAGAGAUAUGUUCUUGACAAUGGUUCACAAGCCUGAAAUCAUUAAGAUCUCAAGUAUUGUAGACAGUUUUUAAUGGAAUGAUGGUAAUGAUAUGCUAGCCUGCAUUGCUGAUGGUAAACUUUUGACUUGGUUCUAUCCAAAUGCCGUUUAUGUUGAUAGAGAUCUAAUGACAAAGGCUAUGGCAGUUAAGGAUGCUUCCGACGUUGGUAAGCUUGCUCAAAUGCUAACUUUCAAUGGAAACAUUUGCUCAGUUAGAAGACUUGAUGGAUCCCUAGCAACUCUCUCAAUUUCUCCAUACCCAAAGAUUCUUUACGAGUACGUCGACAAAGCUGAUUUUGAGAAAGCAAUAAGAUUGUGUAGAUUUGUCAAAGAACAGACCCUAUGGGCUUGUUUAGCUGCAAUGAGUAUCUAUUGCAGAGAACUAAACACUGUAGAAAUCUCCCUUGCUGCUAUUGAUGAAGCUGACAAAGUUUAAUUCAUCAAUUACAUUAAAGAUCUCCCAUCAGAGCCAAGUAGAAAUGCUGCUCUUGCUCUGUAUUGCAAAAAAAUAUAAGAGGCUGAAUAAAUUCUACUUCAGGCAAGACUCUAUUACAGAGCUAUAAAAAUGAACAUCAAAUUGUUCAGGUGGGAAAGAGCCCUUGAUGUAGCACUUUAGAAUAAAUCUCAUGUUGACACAGUCAUCGCAUAUAGGUAAAGAUUCCUAUAGCAAUACCAAAAGGAAGAGGACAUUGAGAAGUUUAAGUAGUAUUCUAAAGAAAUAGCUUUUGAUUGGGACACUGUUAAAAAGAAGAUAAGAUCUGAUAAGGAUAAAGAGGCUGCUGCAAAUCAAUGA